AUGACGAACAUCGUGGGUGACUUAGCGGUUGCUGGGGCGAAGGCGCUACCCAACUGGCCCAGAACUUUCUCCAAAGCCAUAUACGAUGCCCUGUCGAUGGCGAAAAAUGUUGGCCAGAAAGUUAAGACGACAGGUCUCCAAGUCCGAGACGACGGAAUCAUCACAACGGCGAUCAACACCUCCAGUCGCGCGCUAAGCAGCCGCGUUGCAGAUGCCGCUCUCCGAUUUGCGACGGAUGUGUUCGCCGCUGCAGGAGAUACGGCGAUUGUUGAUUUGAUUCUCGAGGUGAUAGGCCACUCCCUCGAGGCCCUGACGCAGAGUUUGAGUGCAGCAGCGCUCAUCGUCAGGGGUAUCUUUACCAACGAUACAAACGAGACCACCUUGGGCUUUAUCCUCGACCACUUGUCCGAUCUCUUCCAAUUCAUACUCGACAUGAUCCAGCCGGAAAACGUUAUCCCCAGAUUUGCAACCGCCGGUGGCACGAUCGAGAAGGACGGGGGUGAAUUUCCCGGUCGGGACAACCCCUACAACGAGUUAGACCUUCGUCGGGAUGCGAACCGACACGCCGUCGUCUACCAAGUGCAGCGGGUUUUAUUAACGCUCGCCGCUAUCCUAAAGCAAGGCAGGGAAGGGGUACCGUCGAAUGGACUAGAGGGCCUCGAGAUGAACAUCACCUUGCGUAGCGACUUCAAGGACGGAGCCCCGCCGCCGCCGACCCAUGUGUCGAAGCUCGAGGGGUCUUCGACAUAUUAUCCCAAUGAGAAAUGGUUAUUCAUCAACGGCAUUGCUAACGAGCUCGUCUGGUUUCGGCUCUCGUGCGACAAAAUCCGCGACACGUUCAAGAGGGAAGUCAAAGGCAUCUAUAACAGAAGCGACGGCAUCCUCUGGGACCUCAUCGAGUGCGCCGGAGAGCGGAGCGCCGCCGAGACGAACGCCAAUAUCGAGCGCACACGGAGCAGCAAGGCCGCGCAGGCGAUCCUGGAACAAGAGCUCAGGGACGCACUCUGGCCCGCUGACGGGAGCGUCCCCGACAAGGUCGUCAUGAUCGCCCAUUCCCAGGGGUGUAUGAUCUUGCGGCUGGCGCUGCAAACACUGGUGCAGGAGAUCAGCAAAGACUCCAAUCGGACGCGGGAGAUGAGGGAACGGCUGAGGGUGUUCACAUUCGGUAACCCGAGCAUCGACUGGCGGGUUGUCGUGGACGGGACCGAGGAUUCCCUUAGCAACUACGCGAUGAUUACCGAGCACUUUGCGCACCAGACAGACUUCGUGGCUGUUUUGGGCGUUGUGGGCCAUCGGGAUGAUCGGGACUCGGGCUACGACAAGGACUCGGUGUUCUAUACCAAGAAGGGGAAGGGGCACCUGUUUGGGGCGCAUUAUCCUCUUGGAGCGGAUGCUUAUGAAAACGGAAUGGAGGCGAAGUUGUUCGAGGCCGUUAAUGGGAACGAGAUUGCUUAA